AGUCGCCAUGGAGACACUGGGCUCCGCCUUCCGCCCAGUCGCCAUGGAGACAGGCAAAGCGGCCUCCGGCUCAGGCCUCGGGAUGAUCUCUCUCCCCCAGCUGAGCCCCGGAACCUCCCAGUGCUGGAUCCCCCAGCCUGGAGGAGGGCCCCCCUCCCGCGCCCCGGUGCCCCAGUCUGCCGCUGAAACCCGAGCCGCCUUCGCUCCGGUGCAGGUCCGAGCCGGACUCGCCCGGGAGGUCAUCAAGUGGCUGCAGAGCCUUGACCUGAAGUUCCCGUUCAAACACGUGAGGAAAGCCUUUUCUAAUGGUUAUCUUGUGGCUGAAAUCUUCUCCUGGUACUAUCCUCAAGAUAUUGACAUUAAGGUCUUCAACAAUGGAGUCUCAUUCCCUUCCAAGCUGAAAAACUGGUCUCAAUUGGAGCACUUCUUUUUCAGGAAAAAGUUGAACAUUCCCAAGGAACUAAUUUAUGCUACAAUGCACUCUAAGCCUGGUGGAGCCGAGUAUCUGAUACAACAUAUAUACACCUUACUGACAAACAGGCAAGCAAAGCUUAUCCUUGAUGAUGAAAUGAACUUUAUGGAUUAUGGCUACCAGCUAAAGCUGCCUUUGGUUGCCCAGACAACUGCCAGCAAUGCUAUUCACACCAACCUGACGUUAACUGAGCUGUUGGAAAACCCCGACAUUUUCACAUGCAGUCAGAAGGCUCUGGCUAUUAUCAACAUGCAUGUGCAACACAGACAACUAGCAAGGCUAGAACAUCCAAAAAGGAAUGCCAACAACCUCAAGGCCAAGGACCAGUUCCACCUCCUAGAAACACUUGUGUUUGGAGAUGCGGUUGCAGGAUCAGGCUCAUCAGCCACACAAGGACUCAAAGAACCCAUGAUCUGUGACACAGAAUUUCCUAAGUGGACAGUUAUACACAUUAGCAAGUGAUUGCUGAUGACGAUGUUGGGUGUGUGUGUGCAUGCGUGUGCGCACUUUGUAGGGGGUUGGGUGGGUGCAGUGUUGGAAAGUUUGAGGUUGGCCGGGGGAAUUCCGGAGCAUAGGGCCCAGGAAGAACAUAAUAAAUAGAAGCAAGAGUAGGUUAUUUAGAUCCUCAGGCCUGCCCUGCAAUUCUAUGAGAUCAUGGCUGAUCUGUCCCAGACCUCAAUUCUUCUUUAGUUUCAGCUUGUUAAAGUCUUCAACUCCUCGAUAAUUCAAAAAUCUAUCCAGCCUCCUCAGCUGUCUGAAAUAAAAGAAUUCCAGAUGUUCAUUUCCCUCUGAGAGAAAAAAUUCCUUUGCUUCUCAGUUUUAAGUGAGUACCCCAUAUUUUGUGACCAAGUUCUGAAGUUUGAGAUCCCCUACUAGUAAAAACGUCUUUACAAUAUCCACUUUGUCAAGUCCUCAGAAUCUUGUAUGCUUCAAUAAGAUCACCCUCAUUCUUUUAAAGUCUAAUAAAUAAAGGCUAUUUAGCUAUUUUUUAUAAGUCCACUCUUCAUCUGAGGAAUCAAUCCAAUGAAUCCUUUUUGAAUUACCUCCAAUACUAAUAUACCUUUUCUUAACUAAGAGGACUUGAACCGUGCACAGUACUCGAGG